UGCGGCUAGGGUUUGUACGUCCUCAUACACUUCUUCUUCCCCUUCGUCUCCGCCGCCGCCGCCGCCGCCCCGCUGAAACCGUAGCAUCCUGCGCCCCGACCUCCAGAGCCAUGCCGAUGCGGUCCGGCAGGCGAGUCUUGUAGCCAGAAGGGUCAGUUCCCCAGUCCUCACCCACAAGUACGCGAGCGCAGUGUGACUUUUGCCGCCGCUGUCUCCAUGGCGACCAUGAACCCCUUUGACAUCCUGGGUGCCGACGACAACGACGACCCCACGCAGCUGCUGGCCGCUGCCGCUGUUGCGAAGCAAAAGGCCGAGACGAAGAAGUCGGCAGCAGCGACCGCCGGAAAGGGCGCGCAGCCAGCCACCGCCAAGUUGCUAACCAAGCCUGCGCCCCCUGCGCAGGCCGUGAGGGAUUCCCGCAGUGGUGGUGCACCCUCCCGUGGAGGAUUCGGGCGCGGUGAACGUGGCCGUGGCAGAGGCGGGCGAGGGUAUGGCCAGAACCGUGAGUUUGGCAGCGAAGACGCCAAUGGGUUUCAGGGGGGAUAUGGUGCUGGAGGUGGUGCCAGAGCUGGAGGUGAAGGCGCCCAGGACAGGGAGAGGGGCCCUCAGCCACCCUACCGUGGAGGCGGUGGCCGGCGGGGUGGUUACCGUGAUGGUGAGUUUGGUGAUGACUCUGAGAGGCCGCCUCGGAGGACCUAUGAGCGUCACAGCGGUACUGGCCGUGGGUAUGAAGUGAAGCGUGAGGGUGCAGGCCGCGGGAACUGGGGAACUACCACUGAUGAAAUUAUUGCCCAGGAAACUGAGGAAGGCCUGAAGCUGGAUGCCCCUGUUCCUGAGAAGCAGGAUGCACAGGAGGAUGCUCCACAGGCAGAGGAGAACAAGGAUAAUAAGGAUGCCACUGUGAAUGAGGAAGAAGAGAAGGAAGAGGAUAAGGAGAUGACUCUUGAGGAGUUUGAGAAAAUAAGGGAGGAAAAGCGGAAGGCACUUCUUGCCUUAAAGACUGAAGAGAGGAAGGUUGAAGUUGAUAAGGAUCUGCGGUCUAUGCAGCCACUUUCCACCAAGAAAGGGAAUGAUGAUGUUUUCAUAAAAUUGGGUUCCGAUAAGGAUGCGCUGAAGAAGAAAGAAAAUGCUGAACGUGCUAAGAAGUCUCUGAGCAUCAAUGAGUUCUUGAAACCUGCUGAAGGAGAAAGGUACUAUGGUGGCCGUGGUCGUGGCAGGGGCCGCGGGGACCGUGGGGGGUUCAGAGGGGGAUAUGGUGGGGGUUAUCGCGCUCCACCGGCUGCUCCUGCAAUUCAAGACCAAGCCGAAUUCCCGUCGCUUGGUGGGAAGUGAAACACAUCUACUGCCUCAAACACCGUAUCAUCUUUGCUGUCAACAUCGAGUUUUGUUCAUCCGCAGGUCACUGUCCCAAUGCGAAUCGGGCAAAUAAUGGUGUCGCACGUUGUUUACUCUCCGCUGUGUCAGUCGACUUUGUAUAUCAGAGUUGCUUGCCAGAAUUUUGUAGGCUAUUAUCAAUACCCCGCUUUCUCGCCGACUCA